AUGCCUGGCCGGAGAAAGUCCUCCGCCCCACAUGUUGUCCAGAUCCAAGGACCCGGUGACUCUGAAGACCUGGAAAUGUUGGACACAGAAAUGUUUUCAGACGAUGUUCCGACAAAGGAACCCAAGGCUCCAACUCGUCGGAAAGUAGAAGGGCCGGAGCGGGAAAACCUCUGUCCCGAGAUGUCGGAAGACCAACGAGACGAGGUAGAAAAGUUGCAAUCUGACCAUGAGGGUCAGAAGAAAGAGCCCAAAUGCUAUGAGUACAAGUGUUGCCCGUUCCGGUCUGCAACCCUCGAAGACUUUAAAGAACACGUGGACUCUAGCCACCCUGACGUGAUUCUCGAUCCGCUGUACCGCUGCGCCAUCUGUGACUUUGACACCAAAAAGUUUGAGCUCUUCACAGAGCACAACAAGAACCUUCACCCCGACAAGAGCAACUUAAAACUCAAAAGGAUCAAGGAGAAUGACAGAACCGUCUUGGAACAAAUUAUCACGGUCCAGGGCCGUUCUGGGAGUGAGGGACAGGCAUCGCCGCCUUUCUCAGUGAAACCGCCGGAGUCCCUCCACACGUUUUUCCGGCCGAAAGAGACCAUUGCCGCCCUCAACAUCAACGGCACUGUCAUCAUUCCGGAUUCCUCCGUCCUUCGAGACCCGUCCCAUGUCAGCCCCGUGCUCCAGCGGCCGCCCAACUUUAGCCGUCAACCAAAAAUAGCCGUUCCUCUCAACGGAGGUAAAUACGACCCGUCUCUGGACCGCAACCCAACCCUGAUGGCAUCUUUUAACAAGUUCCCUUACCCGACGCACGCGGAACUGUCCUGGCUAACGGCUGCCUCCAAGCACCCCGAGGAGCAGAUCAAAGUUUGGUUCACCACCCAACGGCUGAAGCAGGGAAUCACCUGGUCACCGGAGGAGGUGGAGGAGGCCAGAAAGAAGAUGUUCAAUGGUUCCUUCCGCGCCGCCCAUCACACCUUCACGGCCCCCGCGUCGAAUUCCAUCGGCUUUGCGGAAAACUGCUCCGGUCACGCACUUAAACGAUCUGCGACAGCUCCCGGCGGUCCUGAGUCCAAACGCCUCGUGGCGGUGCCCCCUCCAGGAGACCCUAAAGAGGAGGGUCCGGCGGCUCCACAGCCGAUGGCUCCGCUGGGAGGCAUUCCCCCGUUUGCCGCAGAGAUGAAUAAGUCGCCCGCCGUCGUGCCUUUAAUGCCGUCGUCGAUAUGUGCCAAUGGGAAGCUUCACUACUCGUGGGGAAAUGCCAAAACCAAACCGGCGGUGUCGUUGCCGCCUAUAGUCUUUCCGGAGUCUUUGACCAGGCCGACUAUUGCGCCGCCCCCCAUCUUUGCCCCGCCUUUUACCACCUCCAUACUCCUGCCCCGACGUUCCAAAGAUACUCUCCCCAACAUUAACGCCACCUUUCCCGAUUUGCCUCCACUCGUCGGCGCUCGAGCGAGAAGGCCCCCCGUCAUUCAGUCUGCGCACGCUCCGGGACAACGGAGCACGCCAGAGGAAGCCGCCAUGCCGGAAGCUGAUGCGGCGCCCUCUGAAUCUUCCGGAGAACGUGCACUUGGCGAGGCGCCUGCCGCCGCAGACUUCCCGCUGCUGGAGCGGAUGAAGGGCAAGACUGCAGAGCAGCUGAAAAUCCUGGAGGAGCACUUCUUGAAGAAUAGCUCCCUCUUCCACGGAGACGCUGACAAUCUGGCGCUGGCCACCCGCCUAUCACGGCGAGAAAUCGACGGCUGGUUUGCAGAGCGCCGGGCGCUGCGGGACAACAUGGAAAUGGCCCUCCUCAACUCCAUGGGUGCCAAGAGGACCGAAGCGGACAAAGAGCCCACUCUGCUCUUUAACGGGAUCCACGAGCCAGGUUUCGGUGCCGAGCUCCUAAAAAGGGGCUCCCUGCCUCCGUCCCGCGCCUUCCUAAAUUCCCAGUCCACGGUGCUCUUCAAGCACCCAUCUGCUCAAAGUGGAGGGACAACACCGUCGGAGGUGUGGCCUGGACUGGCUCGUAUCGAUUUGGCGCGCUGGUUCUGUGAUGCUCGCUCAGCACCUGACCCAGAGUUCCUCCACAAUGGCGGCGGUCCCGAAAAUGCUCCAUCAGACCCCUGUUUUGAAGGCAGAGCUGAAGUUCCGGAGGCAGAGCCAUCGGAUUGGUGCAUCAACGGCGUUAACGCGACACAGCGUGGCGAGUUACAGGACUGCCUCGCCGCCAGGUAA